AUGCGUUCCCAAUCUCGAGUUCCACUUGUUCUUUCCAUAUUACUACUUCCAAGUAGCAUCCUUGUUACAGGCGCACCUGCUGCAACAAAGCGUGCUGCCUGUACCCAGGAGACUGCUAUAAGCAGUUUCGACUAUGUCAUCGUUGGUGGCGGUACUGCUGGCUUGGUCCUGGCCAAUAGGCUCACCGAAAAUGAGAACACCACAGUUGCUGUCAUAGAAGCGGGAACGUUUCCUGAGGAUGUCGCAGGAAACUGGAGCCAGAUUCCCGGCUACGCCAGCAAGUUCAAUUCAGGUCACCUCGAGAUGUCGUGGGGCUUUGAGGUCACCCCUCAGCCACACCUCAUGAACCGUACCAUUGAAUACAAUCGUGCAAAAGCGCUCGGCGGGUGUAGCAACGUGAAUUACAUGUCAUAUGGGCAAACCUCCAAAGGUGCUCAUCAAAGGUGGGCAGACGAAGUUGACGACCAAUCUUACACAUACGAGAACAUACUGCAAUACUACCACAAGGCCAUGAAUUUUUCUGAACCAAUAGAGGGGGCUCGUUCCGCCAACGCCACGGGUUUAUAUAACAAGGAAGACGUGACCUCGGCUGGCACGCUCCGUGUUACUUUUGGAGCUUAUGUCCAGGCUUGGAGCACUUGGGCAGCGAAGGGUCUCGAGGCUAUUGGGAUUCCCCAAGUAGCAGCCCUUGUCAAUGGAAACGGCUUGGGAUGGGCCUGGGCCUUAGUGACUGUCACUUCAUCAGAGAGUGCUCGUUCCAACUCGGAGACUGCCUAUUUGCGGCCAGUUCUUGGCCGGCAAAACCUUGUGGUCUUUGACUACACAUUCGCCGAGCGCAUUGUGUUUGAUACUGACAAAAUUGCCACUGGAGUAGAGGUGACCUCCACGGCUGACAACUGUUCAUCCACUAUCUCUGCGAACAAGGAGGUCAUUCUCUCAGCAGGUGUCUUUCAGUCCCCUCAUCUCUUGCAAGUUUCAGGAGUUGGUCCUAAGGCUCUGCUGGAGAAAUACAGCAUAGACGUCGUCGCGGACAGGCCUGGAGUUGGUCAGAACAUGCAUGACCAGCUCACCGCAUUUGCAUCUUAUCAAGUCAACGUCAUCACUCACACACGCCUCGACCAAGAUCCAGAGUACCUCGCUGCUGCCGUUGAAUACUAUAAUACCAACCGCACGGGCGUGUUGGCUGGAACUGGAGGCGACUUGAUCGGCAUGGAGAAAAUUCCGGAGGAAAUGCGGACGGCAUUCUCCAACGAUACUAAGACAUACCUGGCCGAUCUGCCCGAAGAUUGGCCCGAGAUCGCCUACAACGUCUAUCCAGCCGGCGUGACAACACCGGCGAAGGGUGCCAACUACGCCAUCCUGCAGGCAACGCUACUCGCUCCCCGGUCCCGAGGCUCAGUCAACAUACAGUCCGCGGACAUGAGCGUAGCACCCGUCAUUGACCCCAACUGGCUGAGUGAGCAGACCGACGUCGAGGUCCUAACCGCCGGUGUAAAGCGUGUCCGCCAAGCACUCAACAGCACAGCCAUGGCUCCUGUGCUUAUCGGCGACGAAAUUCUACCCGGCGUGGACGUUCAAACCGACGACGAUAUUGCAGCUUACCUUGCCAAGGUGGGCAACCCUAUCUACCACGCUUUUGCCAGCAACAAGAUGGGUAGGACAUCCGACCCCGACGCGGUUGUGGAUAGUCGCGGAAGGGUUAUCGGAGUCUCAAAUUUGCGAGUCAUUGAUUCUUCUUCGUUCCCAUUCCUGCCACCAGGACCCUCGCCCCAGACCCAAGUUUAUCUGUUGGCCGAGAAGCUUGCCGACGAUAUCAAGAAGACUGUCUAUUAG